CAUUCCUAAUCGUUUUUUUAUACAUUCAAAAUCGACAAAGUUCAUCGGGCUGUUGGAAUCCACCCGAAACGCCUUAAUAUUUUAAUCCAUACGAGAUGACUAGUGGAAAUGCAGCGUUUCAGCUUAUCCAAAGUCUCGAGUGCAACACCCGGGCGUCUCCCGACCAGUCGGCCUAUCUACCGUUGUCUUACGACGUCGUCACCCGAUACAAAACCGACAACAUGGGCGUGGGCUACGACAGCGACGACGACACGUUCGAGGAGUGUCCGCUGGCCGACGACUUGAGGCUGAUCGCCAAACAAGAACUGCGCGAGGACGAAGAGAUCAGGACACACUCGUUGCGGGCCAUGAGGAGCUGGAUCAGGAAGCAUCCGGACAUCAUCAAUUGCCGCGUGGACGCUCCGUUUCUACUGCGGUUCUUGAGGACCAAGAAGUUCAGCGUGCCGAUGGCCCAGAACAUGCUCGAACGGUACUUGAUCAUCAGAGAGCUGUAUCCGCAGUGGUACAGGAAAAUGGACGUCGACGAUCCCGUGAUUUCGGACAUCUUAGACAGCGGAUUCAUAAUACCGUUGCCGGGCCGGGAGAAAGACGGCAGGUGCGUGCUGCUGUCGUGCACAGGCCGGUUCAACGCUUACAAGUACACGUCGGACGACAUGAUCCGGGUUUUCGGAUUGGUCUCCGAGAGUCUGAUGGACGAUCCCGAACACCAGAUCAAAGGAUACAGUUACGCCAACGACUACUGCGGUACGACGAUGGGACACUUGUCGUUGUGGUCGCUCACCGACGUGAAACGAGUCGUCCGCAUGAUACAGAACGCGGCGCCGAUGAGACACAAAUCCACGUACUUCUUGAACGUGCCGAAUUUCGCCGACAAAUUUCUCAACAUAUGCACGUCGUUUUUGAGCGCCAAAUUCAAAAACCGAAUAAAGUUUACCAACGACGUUCAAGAAAUCCACAAACUCGUCGACCCCAAGUAUCUUCCCAAAGAGUACGGCGGCGACAUACCGAUGGCCAGCUUGAUUGCCGAUUUAAAAAAGAAGCUCCGAGCCCAACGCGACGUGAUCCUGGCUCUGGACGAAAUGAAAAUCAACAUAAACAACAAAGGGAAAAUAAUCAGCGAGAUCGAAGACGCGCAGCCAGAACUGGUCGGCUCGUUCAGAAAGCUGGAAGUAGACUAAAUUGAUAUUAAAUGAUAAUUGAAAAAAAUUGAAAAAAAAAAAAUUGUACAUUCCUUUUAAUUUGUUAUCGUUAUACUAUAUUAUAUUAUAUUAUUAUUAUUUUAAUUUUAUUAUUAUUAUUGUACAUCUAUAUUAUAAUAUUAUGUACUACCACCAUCGGCGAACGUAUGUACAUGUAAACAAUAAUUGAUAGCUGUAAUUAUUGUUUUAGAUUUUUUUUAGACAAUAAACGAACAAUGCACAACGGGA